AGGGAGGAUCAUAAGGAAAGAGAUAAAGAUCGUGAAAUGGCCAAUGAACAUGCAAGGGACAGAGAUAAGGAUCACGACAGGUACGAUAGAAGUAGAGGACGGGAGAAGGAUUAUGAGAAGCAGGGGGAGAGAGAAAAGGUGAAAGAUAAAGAUCGUGAGAGGGGGAAGGACAGAGGGAGGGAAAAGGAUCGAGACAAGGUGAAGGAUAGGGAAAGGGAAAAGGACAAAUUAAAAGAUCGCGAAAGGGAAGAGAGAGAGAAAGUCAGGGAGGAUUCAUCGAGAAACCGGAAAACCGAUUAUGAUAAACCCAGAACAAGGAAUAAAGAUCAGGACGCAGGUGGAAGCAAAGGAGUUGAAUUGGAUGAAAGAAGAGAAGUUGGUAAUGGGGACACUAACGUUGAUGGGAAGGCAGAAGAAGCUGAAUCUGCAAUGGAUGAUCAUGACAAGAAGCCUGUGGGGUCACAAUCAAAUGCGGAGCUUGAAGAACGCUUGAAAAAAAUGAAACAAGAACGACUGAAGAGAAAAGCUGAGGAUACUUCAGAGAUUUCAUCAUGGCUUAGUAAAAGCCGGAGGCUCGAGGAAAAGAGGAAUGAGGUCAGGGAGAAAGCUGCACGUGUUUCAAAAAUUUUGGAUGAGCAGGAUAAUUUUGGAGAAGAAAGUGAUGAUGAGGCAGCAAUUGGGCACAGCAAAAAGGAUUUAGCAGGGGUUAAAAUUCUUCAUGGUCUCGAUAAGGUACUUGAGGGUGGAGCGGUUGUCCUCACUCUAAAAGAUCAGAGCAUCCUUGCUGAUGGUGAUAUUAAUGAAGAGAUUGAUAUGCUUGAAAAUGUGGAAAUUGGAGAGCAAAGGCGAAGAGAUGAUGCCUACAAGGCUGCUAAGAAAAGGAAUUUAUAUGAGGAAGCGUUCAAUGAUGACAUGGGUUCUAGGAAGACAAUACUUCCACAAUACGACGAUCCGGUUGAGGAUGAGGGAGUAACUUUGGAUGAAGGUGGGCGCUUUACUGGCGAAGCAGAGAAAAAACUCGAAGAACUACGCAAAAGGAUAGAAGGUGGCUCUAUAAGCAGAGCAUUUGAAGAUCUUAAUUCAGCAGCAAAGAGUACAUCCGAUUAUUAUACUCCAGACGAAAUACUUCAAUUUAAGAAGCCUAAGAAAAAGAAAUCUUUGAGGAAGAAGGACAAACUUGAUUUGGAUGCACUUGAAGCAGAAGCUAAAUCCGCUGGACUUGGUGUUGGCGAUCUUGGUUCCAGGAAGGAUUCUAAGAGACUAUCCACCAAGGAAGAAGCGGCCAGAAUUGAGUCUGAAAUGAGAAGUAAUGCUUACCAGUCAGCCUUAGCUAAAGCAGAGGAGGCAUCCAAAGUUUUGCGUCAGGAGCAAACUCUAACUGGUAAGGAUGUGGAUGAUGAUGAUAUGGUUUUUGGGGAAGACUAUGACGAUCUUGAGAAGUCCCUUGCGCAAGCUAGAAAACUCACACUAAAGAGGAAAGAGGAAGAUGCACCUUCUGGUCCUCAGGCAGUUGCACUUUUAGCUUCAGCAAAGGGGCAAGAAGACACUCAAAGCUUUACAGUAGGAGAGCCACAAGAAAAUAAAGUUGUUAUCACUGAAAUGGAGGAGUUUGUUCUGGGUUUACAGCUAAAUGAAGAUACUCAAAAGCCUGAAUUGGAAGAUGUUUUUAAUGAUGGCGAUGACAUUGCAAAACCUGUUGAACAUAAAAUGGAAAUUGAUGUUGGAGGUUGGACGGAGAUCCAAGAAACAAAUGACAAUGAACAGCCUGCUACUGAGGACAAAGAGGAUGUUGCUCCAGAUGAAAUCAUCCAUGAGGUUGCUGUUGGGAAAGGUUUAUCAGGUGCGCUUAAGUUGCUCAAAGAUCGCGGGACGCUCAAGGAGAGUAUAGAUUGGGGAGGUAGAAACAUGGACAAGAAGAAAAGCAAACUUGUCGGCAUUAAUGAUAACGAUGGUCCAAAAGAAAUUCGUAUCGAGAGGACUGAUGAAUUUGGUCGAAUUAUGACCCCAAAGGAAGCAUUCCGGAUGAUCUCCCAUAAAUUUCAUGGUAAGGGUCCAGGCAAAAUGAAACAAGAAAAGCGUAUGAAGCAAUAUCAAGAAGAUUUGAAGACGAAGCAGAUGAAAGCUUCUGACACUCCAUUGCUGGCGAUGGAACGAAUGAGGGAAGCUCAAGCGCAGCUGAAGUCUCCCUAUAUCGUACUCAGUGGGCAUGUUAAGCCAGGGCAAACUAGCGAUCCGAGAAGUGGUUAUGCUACAUUGGAGAAAGAUCAUCCCGGGAGUUUGACACCUAUGCUUGGUGAGAAGAAGGUUGAGCAUUUCUUGGGCAUCAAUCGCAAGUCUUAAUUCUCCAUGCAACCUGAAUAUAUGUUCAAUCAGGUGAAGGGAAAGCACUUCAAUUUGGUUACAACGAGACAUCCUCAGUGGGAAACAAGAUUAGCAGCAUCUCUUUUUGCUCACACCUCAAAAGGACGACUCAUCAAGUUUUAUUGAAGAUGAUUUUCCGGAGGAGCUAAAACGGAAGCAUAUGCUCAUGUCUUUGUAUUGCAUUCAGACUUCUGGCGAAUUAGAGUCAGCACUGCUAACCUUGUAAUUGUGAUAUUGAGAUCGCACAAGUUCUCAUCCACAACGUGUAUAUCUUGUCUAUUAACCUGCAGUUUUUAGUGUAUACUUUCCUACUGAAAUCGUGCCUUUAAAAUCUGCGGUUAUUCUAUUGGUAUAACCCCUAGUAAUAGGUGAGCUUCUUUUCGCAACACAUUAGAUUUACGUUGGCCUUCUUGAUGUUUUGAAAUUUGUAUUGAUUGUUGAGGUUUCUUGAUUUGUGGUCCUCUAUGGCUGUAAUGAAGUAUGCUGGCGAAUUAGACAUGUCUGUUCCUGUA